AUGGUCGAUGUCGGGCUGGAUUCUCAGGAAGAAGGAGAUGAUGAUCCGCCCGAAUCGUUACUAGGAGGUGAGGCACCAACCGAUUCUAGCCCACCGCCAUUUCAGAGGUUCAAGCCUCAACCAGAGCGAGAACCGUUCAUCUUGAGGAGAACAUCUACAACCGAGUCCGAUAUCAGCAGUGUCCGCAGGAAUGAACCGCCGGAAUACGACGUCGCUCAGCCGGGAAAUUUGUUGACCGAGGGCGAAUUAUUCAAGCAUGACCCGUUCUUUGCAUGGAUAUUCCUCAUCAGCUUUGCGGGCAUGCUGUCGACAUUUGUGUUGGUGUGGCUGCACACUUCACCGCAAAGGAGCCCAGUUGGUGACACGAUAUAUGCCACGCUUCAGAAGUCGUUUGACAUGUUGGCAGUGGACACUGUGGUUGCUGUGUUGGUGUCCUUCAUAUGGCUCGCCGCGCUGCGAUCCUUUGUUCGCCCGCUCGUCAGCGUCAUUUUGAUUGCAGUACCGGUUAUCAUGCUGUCAUUUUCCCUGUACUCAUUUAUUUCAUCAUUCAAAGGAAGGACACACGGAUCCAGCGUCCAAGAUUCAGUCAUGAGGUGGGUAUCGCUUAUCCCUGCCGCAUCUUGCGUGCUGUGGCUCUGGCUGGUGGUCAAGGGUCGCCGAGCCAUCCAGCAGGCUAUUGAAAUUCUGCAGUUUUCGUCCAAGAUCCUGGCACAGAACCCGGGUCUACUCAUCAUUGGGUUUGGUUGCCUUGCACUGAUUGUUGUGUGGACGUGGGCUUGGCUGGCCAUGUUCACGCGUGUCUUCAUGGGUGGUUACUUUUCAAAGUCGCUGGUGAGGUUCGUCAUUCAAAUAUCGAGUUGGUGGCUCGGGGCUGCCUUCAUCUUGAUGUACAUGUGGACGCUGUCCGUCAUUAAUGCGGUUCACCGCGCAACGACUGCAGCUACUGUUUCGCAGUGGUAUUUCCACCGCAACGCCGGUCCCGUCACGCCAUCCAGAGAAAUUGUUGCGGCAGCCCUCGGCCAUGCGACGACGACAAUCUUUGGCAGCAUCUGCCAGUCUACGCUGCUCUCGCUGUUGAUUCGAGCGCCGUUGCUGUUUCUCCCCCGGCGGGUCGGCGGAGCGAUUACGAAUUUGGCCGGAUUCUGGAUUCCCACACCGAUUGUAGCUCUUACGAAUCCGUUGACAAUCACGUACGGUGCCAUUCACUCGCAAAGCCUCGCUGUUUCGGCGAGAGGACUUGACCAAAUGGAAAUUGUGUCGCCGACAAUUCCCACCACGACAUUGACACCUCGAGCACUGCGUCUUCGUGGCCAAGCAAACGGACUUUUGCCAUACAGACUGGCGAAGCUGCUUCUCGUGGCUACGCGGCUGAUCAUGGCGACAGGUCUUGGCUUUGCAGGGUGGGUGAUGACGGCGAAGCAGCUUCGAAUCCAACUGCCCGAUGGCAUGGGCGUCCGCGGCUCUGCCUACGCAUACGUUGUUGGGAUCAUGGCUAGCUUCAUUGGGUACUCGGUUAUGGGCGCCAUGGAAGGCAUCCUGAGCGGUAUUGUGGAUGGGGUUCUUAUAUGCUACGGCAGCGAGAGACGUAUGGAGAGGGGACAUGGGCGUUAUUGCCUAGAGGCGGCGUAUCUGUUCGGGGAGCGGCGAAUUGGCGAGGACUUGGGAUAUGUUUGA